GUCAACGGCUCCCAAACUCUAAUUGGGCAGCUGGGGAGGGUUUAAAUUUAAACCGCCAGGAGAGCGGCUCUGCUCUCUAGACGCGCAGGCAAUGAUUACUUUCCAGCAAAAAAUUUUAAACUUGAUCAAGUGUUUCAGAAGACAAUGGCAUUUAUUUUCAAACUCUGAAAGGACUACUGUAUGUGGAGCAGACUGCAUGAUAAUGGCACUACAACUGUCAAUGGCUGAAGUCAAUAAGCAGCACCACGGAGAUUUCACAGUCUCGCUUAGUGAUUUAUUGGAAACUUGGAAAUACUUGUUAUAUGACAAACUGGGAUUAUCAUAUGAAAACAUGAAAGAACCUGAAAAUUAUGCUGACAUGAAAAAAGCUUAUCAUGCCUUCUUAGCAAGAAGCAGUAUGCUAGAUCUAAUAGAUAUAUAUCAGAAGUGCUGUGGUCUUGGACUUGUAUCUGAAGAUGAAAACAUAGCUCCUGUACAACUGUUAGAAUUCAUUUCUGGCCUAGUGAAUGUACAAGAAAACAGUGGUUCUGUUACUUUUACUCCUACAGUCAACAGACAUGGCCAUGAGAAUGUAAAGAUGACAAUCCUGGCAAAGAAGUGUGUUUGCUCAUAUUUAAGCCUGUUGGUGAAUUCUAAGGAUGAUCUGGCAUUGGCUCAUAUUCUGAAUGUUCCUGACAGAGGACUUGAUAGAGAAGCUUUCACUAACCUAAAACAUGCCUCACAGGAGAAAAAAAUGUCAAUUUUCCUGAUGGCAACAUCUUUUAUCCGAACUGUAGAAAUUGGAGGAAGAGGCUAUGCAUCUUCGUUGUUUGAUCCUUUAGAAGUCCAUGUAAAGGGACUUUCUAACUUCAUUAAUUUUAUUGAUAAACUACAAGAAAUUCUUGGUGAAAUCUUAAAUCCAAGAAUCGCAGGGGGGAGAAUUCUGUCAACAGUGAAGAUGCAUUUGAUAAAAGGCCGAAGCAGUGGGGAUCCUUUCUGUCAAGCAGUAGAGGAAGUUGUACAAGAUUUGGAUUUGAAGAUUAAAAAUAUUAUAGAUUCACAACAUGAAGCCUUGACUGCCAGCACUACUGGACUUAGUCCAGCACGGCCAAAAUUGCAUUCUGUAAAUCAUGGCACUGCAUAUUGUGGCAGAGAUACUGUAAAGGUCUUACUAGUUCUUCUGGAUGAAGAAGCUGUCAAUCCUCCCACCCAGAACAAAGCAGAACUAUUAUAUGACAAUGAAAACUUAAAUUUGUUUGGAAUCACCUCUGUUUUGACACUCUUCAGGUCUCCAGCACAAUCCAAUGUAUCUUCUCCAAAACCCCUUAGACAGCGUAUUCAGGAAUCUAUGGAUGAAAAAAAAAAGAUGAAGCAAUCUUCAAUAAAAUCUCAGUUUGCAUCUACAUAUAAAAAUGAGUUCAGUGAAAUAAAUGGUCAACAUUUCCUCAGCAUUAGCCAAAUUCCAACCUGCACAAAUCCUGCACCAAAGCAACAAUUAAAAGCUGGAUAUGUCACAGAAGGUAUGAAUUCAUGUCUUGAUGUACCAGUGCUUGGAACUAUUUCUGAAAAUGUUCACCAGACUAGAAGUUAUACAGAAAUGGGAAAGCUCAGUUGUCAGCCAAGAAACAAGAACUCCAAGAAUGAACAGAUGGAUUUGAAUAAUGACAAAGUAAUCUGUGAUAAGGAAAGUGAACCAUCUUUGCAAAAAAAUACUAAAAGAUCUAAGACUUCAAACAGUCCUCAGAAGGAAUUGGACAGCAAAAUCCCUGGCAAAAGAAAACACAGCAAAACUGCAACCAAGAAUAAACUGAUUGCUGGUCAGGCAAAAUUAACUCACUUUUUUCGACUGUAAGUUUUUGCUUUCGCAUACGUGGUGCAUUGACUGGCUCAGAAGAUGUAAAAUUUUGUGAAAAUUUGGUGAAAUUCACUAUUGCUUCCUUUCAUACUCAAAUAAGUGGGAAGUACCUUGUGUGCAAAAUUAAACAAAUACUGGUCUAGAUUAUGCAGAAUUUUUUUAUUUUUUGAUAACAAUACAUCAUUAGUAAUUACAACUAUGUUCUUUUUUGGUAAUGAAUUGUUUCCCACU